GCCGGUGCUGUUGUCAUGGAAAGCGUAAACACGAAUCCCUUUCCUGCUGCUGCUUCCCGGUCCAGAUCAAUGACCAGGUCCAGGCCAGUCUCCAAAUCAAGGCCCUCAUCGGGAUCUCCCUCCAGAAACCCUAAAAGGCAGUCUUUCUCUCCAAACCAUAAUUCCUCCAAUGUUGAACAUGCUGAACCUCAAGGCUCGAACAGCAAUGCCUUUGGCCAUUCUCGUUCAAGAGCUCAUUAUGAAGACAAAGUAGGCUUUCCCAGUUUUCCUGCUUCAUUGCCUCCUGUUCCAACAACAAAUUUUCAACCCGAAAAGAAAUCUAAUGGAAAAGUUAUUAACUCUGGCAAUGGAAGUAACUAUAAUCGCAAUUCCAAUAAUUUUAACACUACUCAACAGUAUGAUAACUUCUCUACAUAUGAAAACGCAGUUGAUUAUUAUGAUAAUUAUGAUAAUUUCUAUAAUAGCAAUAACUACAGCAAUUCUCAAAAUCACUUUGAUUCGAAAUCCAGAAAGUAUUCCGGCAAUAGAGAUCAAAGACAAGCUACUUAUUCUCAAGGUGAAUCUGAAAGUCAUAAAUCUAAUAAAAGUUAUUCUAAAAAAUAUUCAACCUUUCAUGGUUUUAAUAAUGGUCCUUCAAAUAACUACAGAGGCAGCAGCUAUUUUGAUCAAGGUUUUCCCAAUCAAGAUAAAUAUAACGAUGAUUAUCUGAAAAAACAUUACAAAAGAAAUUAUCCAAGAGCUGAAGACAAAAGUAUUUCAAAUUAUAAUUCCAAGCAUAAUACCAACUUUAGUAAUAAAUUCAAUAAAGAACCCACUGCUAGAUUAGAUAUUCAAAAUAAGACAGAAAAUAAACCUAAAAUUGAUUAUGAUGUUUCAAAUAGUAAACUGGAUCAGCCCGGGAAUUAUCUUGAAAUGCCAAAACUUCCCUUAAAUCCAUCUUCUAAAUCUCCAAAGCCUUCCUCCAAGGCUAUAGUCAAUAAUAAAUCUAAGGAAAAUUCACAUAUUGCUCAAAAUUCGCUUCAGCAUCAAUAUAAAAAACAAGAUUCACCCAAUAACUAUCAGCCUCAAAAACCAAAGCCCCAGGUUAGAAAUGAUUUAUGGCCUGAAGUUAUUGAUUUGCCCGAGAAUAAUUGGUUUUUCGUGCCUAAUGAUUUAGAAAAAAAAGCACCAAGUAUUUUAAGUAGAAUGAGUAAUGAACAUGAAUUAGCUCAAAGAUAUAAUGGUGUUGAAAACAUUUUUAAAUUAGCUAACCAUCUAAGGUUAGUAAGGCAUACCGUUUUAGCGGCUUCAAUAAUGUUUCACAGAUUUUACAUGAUUAAAACUUUUCAAAAUUAUGAUUAUCACAUCAUGGCUCCAACGUUUACUUUUAUUGCUACAAAGACUGAAGAAAAUCAUAGAGGCUUGGAGAAUAUAGCCUUGGCUGCUACAUCAGUUAAUAGUAAACGUUCAAAACCUCCAAUAAAUAAUGAAAAAUUAAAAUCCAUGAAAGAAUAUUGGAGUUAUAAAGAUAGAAUAAAGAUAAACGAAGAGAUUGCUCUUGAAGUUCUUUGUUUUGAUUUAAAUUUCGACUUUCCUGAUAAUGUUAUUAGCAAUGUUUUUCAAAAAGAAUUAGAAGAAAUGAAAAAAAAUAAUUGCAACAGUGAAGAUCAUUUAACGAUGAAAAAUAAAUUUGAAAGAAUUUUUGCUGAUGCUAAACUUAUACUAGACAAAUUGAUUCAUUUUCCUGUUUCUGUUUUAUACAAUCAUGAAGAGAUUGCUGCUAUUUGUAUAAUUUAUUCUCUAAGUUUACAAAAACAGUUUCAAUUGCCUUCAUAUUUUUUUAAAAAACAUUUUCCAAGUAUAAAAGCAACAAGAUUAGAAGAAAUUUCAAAUAAUAUUCUAAAAAUGUACAAAAAGCUUGUUAAAUUUAAUCUCUUUAAUCCUGAGACAUUUAAGUUUCCUAGUCUCACUGUUGAAGAAAUUGUUAUAUUGAGUGGAGGUCAUGAUCAGGAUGAUUUAUAAUGAUAAAAAUGGGUUUUUUACUGUAUUUAUUUGUUUUUUUUGUAUUUAUUUUUUUUUU